AUGGCACCCAAACUUUUUUCAACCUCUAGCACUGUUCGAGAAAACAAAGAUAACGGUUCCCCUGCAUUCCGAUCGAUAGUUCUUCCCGGGCAGCCGCGUGCAGGCUCGAAGAACAUCAGUCGGUCACAGCCGUCUCCCCUCCCUCGUCGUACACCUGCUGCAUCUCCCAAUGCGCAGCCCUUCAGAGCCAGAACUCCACAACUACCUCAGCGACAACCAGCCCAGCCAGAAGCCUCUCAAGGAUCGUCAACACAAAACCCACGCCCACGGCUAGUAGCAGGUGUUCUGCGCCAGACUGGCCCAGGGACCGGGCGCCUACAAACCGGUCGAUUCCAGGAUGGAAAGGUUCGCCGUAUUCCGAAUACCGACGCACCUUUGAGAGGUCGAGGAGGCAAACCCAAAACUGACAGGCGAAUGGCCAUGUCUCGUGGAAAAGGCAAAGAGGACAAGGAAAGCGAACAAGACGCAGAGACCGAGGACAUCGAUGAACUAGUAAAUGACUACGUCGCCAAAGUUAUUGAUCGUCCUGUCAAUCCUACAGAGCCUAUCGAGUACGUGCCUGGCGAGAAUAUGUCGAUCGAAGACCUUCGCAAGGACUGGCCAAAUAUCCCUCUUUCAUCUACUGGCUUGACCGAAAGCGUGCAGCAAAGGAUAGAGAGCCUCGCUCACCGUCUUCCUCAUGGCUACCAAACCCCCAUGCAGCUUGUCGAGCGGUAUCGGAAAGGAAAACUCACGCGAUUCGAGUCAGAGGAAGAGAAAGAAACUGUGCUGAAGCUCGCAGCAGAGGUUCAGCAGCAGAAAACAGAUGAAAUCGUGGAAAAGAAAGGCACUGAGGUGCAAGCGAAGGAUAUGUCCUUUGUCGAUCUCGCUUCGAGAUCUGGUGAACGAAACGCCCUGGCUGAUGCCUAUGUCAAGGGCACGUAUCCAGCGUUGGAAAAGCAGAGGAUGCCAUUUCUGGACCAAAUCGCCCGCAAUCUCCGGAACAAUUACACAUAUAAUGCGAUGCAGAGCGAGGAGUUCAUGAAAGCUAUCGCUGGCACGACAGGGUCGCAGGCCCAGCAGCAGCAAAGAGCUAAAUAA